AUGGGAGAUGUUGCGAUGGAAGAAUUUGGGAGGGCCGCUUCUUUUCUGAGAAAGUCAGAUAGGGAGCGAUUGGAGGCCCAGACCAGACCCUUUGACAUGAAAAAGGAAUGCUUUGUGCCUGACCCUGAGGUUGAGUACGUCAAAGCCAAGAUCCAAAGCAGAGAUGGGGAAAAAGUCACCGCUGAAACUGAGUUUGGAAAGACGGUGACUGUGAAGGAGGUUGACGUCCAUCCCCAGAACCCGCCAAAGUUUGACAAAAUUGAGGACAUGGCGAUGUUCACCUUCCUCCAUGAGCCUGCUGUGCUGUUUAACCUCAAAGAGCGUUAUGCAGCCUGGAUGAUUUAUACCUACUCAGGGCUGUUCUGUGUCACUGUCAACCCCUAUAAGUGGCUGCCAGUGUACGAUCAGUCAGUGGUCAAUGCCUACAGAGGAAAGAAGAGGAGUGAAGCUCCUCCUCACAUCUUCUCCAUCUCUGACAAUGCCUACCAAUACAUGUUGGCUGACAGAGAAAAUCAGUCUAUCUUGAUUACUGGAGAAUCUGGUGCAGGAAAGACCGUCAACACCAAGAGAGUCAUCCAGUACUUUGCUAGCAUUGCAGCUCUUCCUGGAAAGAAGGAAUCUGCAGCUAGUGAUAAAAAGGGCACCCUUGAAGAUCAAAUCAUUCAGGCCAACCCUGCUCUGGAGGCUUUUGGGAAUGCCAAAACCAUCAGAAAUGACAACUCCUCCAGAUUUGGUAAAUUCAUCCGAAUUCAUUUUGGAGUUAGUGGGAAGUUGUCAUCUGCUGACAUUGAAACUUAUCUGUUGGAGAAAUCCCGCGUCACUUUCCAGCUUAAGGCUGAAAGAGACUACCACAUCUUUUACCAGAUUCUGUCUCAACAGAAACCGGAAUUGCUGGAGAUGCUGCUCAUCACCAACAACCCUUAUGACUACGCCUUCAUCUCCCAAGGAGAAACUACUGUGGCUUCUAUUAAUGAUUCUGAGGAGCUAAUGGCCACUGAUGAUGCCUUUGAUGUGUUGGGCUUCACCCAAGAGGAGAAGAAUGGCAUUUAUAAGUUGACCGGUGCCAUCAUGCACUAUGGAAACAUGAAGUUCAAACAGAAGCAGAGGGAGGAGCAAGCAGAGGCUGAUGGCACUGAAGAUCUUGACAAGGCAGCAUAUCUGAUGGGGUUGAACUCUGCUGAUCUGAUCAAGGGUCUGUGUCACCCAAGGGUCAAAGUAGGAAAUGAGUGGGUCACCAAAGGUCAGAAUGUACAGCAGGUCAACUAUUCCAUUGGUGCACUGUCCAAGUCAGUGUAUGAGAAGAUGUUCUUGUGGAUGGUGGUGAGAAUCAACCAAUCGCUGGACACCAAGCAACCUCGCCAGUACUUCAUUGGUGUGCUAGAUAUUGCUGGAUUUGAGAUCUUUGACUACAACACCUUUGAGCAGCUGUGUAUCAACUUCACUAAUGAGAAGCUGCAACAGUUCUUCAACCACCACAUGUUUGUGCUGGAACAAGAAGAGUACAAGAAAGAGGGCAUUGUGUGGGAGUUCAUUGACUUUGGUAUGGACUUGGCAGCCUGCAUUGAACUCAUUGAGAAGCCCAUGGGCAUCAUGUCCAUCCUUGAAGAGGAGUGCAUGUUCCCCAAAGCCAGUGAUGCAACAUUCAAAGCCAAGCUGUAUGACAACCACCUGGGCAAGUCAUCCAACUUCCAGAAGCCCAGGGUUGUCAAGGGGAAGCCAGAAGCUCAUUUCUCCCUGGUUCACUAUGCUGGCACUGUGGAUUAUAACAUUACCAACUGGCUAGUGAAGAACAAGGACCCUCUCAAUGAAACUGUGGUUGGACUAUAUCAGAAGUCAGCCCUUAAAUUGUUAGGAAUUCUCUUUGCUGGCUAUGCCAGUGCAGAUGCAGCUGAAGGAGGAGGUGGAGGCAAAAAGAAGAAAGGUUCUUCCUUCCAGACUGUGUCUGCAUUGCACAGGGAGAAUUUGAACAAGCUCAUGACCAACUUGAGGUCAACUCACCCCCACUUUGUGCGCUGCAUCAUCCCCAAUGAGACCAAGACUCCUGGGGCCAUGGAGAAUCCACUAGUGAUGCAUCAGUUGCGCUGUAACGGUGUGCUGGAAGGCAUCAGGAUCUGCAGAAAGGGAUUCCCAAAUAGGAUCCAGUAUGGUGAUUUCAAACAAAGAUAUCGUAUCCUAAAUCCAAAUGCUAUCCCAGAGGGACAAUUCAUUGACAACAAGAAGGCAGCAGAGAAACUUCUGGGUUCCCUGGAUAUUGACCAUGAACAGUAUAGAUUUGGACAUACAAAGGUGUUCUUCAAAGCUGGUCUACUGGGUGUUCUCGAGGAGAUGAGAGACGACCGUCUCACUCUCAUUAUCACUGGAAUUCAGGCACGAGCCAGAGGAAUACUUGCCAGAAUUGAGUUUCAGAAAAUUGUAGAACGCAGAGAUGCCUUAUUGGUCAUCCAGUGGAACGUGCGUGCCUUCAUGGGUGUCAAGAAUUGGCCCUGGAUGAAGAUGUACUUCAAGAUCAAGCCCUUGCUGAAAUCAGCAGAGACUGAGAAGGAGAUGGCAAAUAUGAAGGAAGAAUUCCUGAAGCUUAAAGAGGCUUACGCUAAAUCUGAAGCCCGGAGGAAAGAGUUGGAGGAAAAAAUGGUCUCACUUCUCCAAGAGAAGAAUGACCUUCAGCUCCAAGUCCAAACUGAACAAGACAAUCUCUCAGAUGCUGAAGAGCGCUGUGAGGGUCUGAUCAAAAGCAAAAUCCAGCUUGAGGCUAAAAGCAAAGAGCUGACAGAGAGACUGGAAGAUGAGGAGGAGAUGAAUGCAGAACUGACAGCUAAGAAGAGGAAGCUGGAGGAUGAGUGUUCAGAACUAAAGAAAGACAUUGAUGAUCUGGAGCUCACUUUGGCCAAGGUGGAAAAGGAGAAACAUGCCACUGAGAACAAGGUUAAAAACCUGACUGAAGAGAUGGCAGCAUUGGACGAAAUUAUUGCCAAGCUGACCAAGGAAAAGAAGGCUCUUCAGGAGGCUCAUCAGCAGACACUGGAUGACCUACAGAGUGAGGAGGACAAAGUCAACACUCUGACCAAGGCCAAAGUCAAACUGGAGCAGCAGGUUGAUGAUCUUGAAGGAUCACUGGAGCAAGAGAAAAAGGUAAGGAUGGAUCUGGAAAGGGCAAAGAGAAAGCUGGAAGGAGACUUGAAGUUGACCCAGGAGAAUGUAAUGGAUCUAGAAAAUGAUAAGCAGCAACUGGAAGAAAGACUGAAGAAGAAAGACUUUGAGAUCAGCCAGCUCAACAAUAAGAUUGAGGAUGAACAAGCCAUGAGUGCUCAGAUCCAGAAGAAACUGAAGGAGCUUCAGGCUCGUAUUGAGGAGCUGGAGGAAGAGCUGGAGGCUGAGAGAGCUGCCCGAGCCAAGGCGGAGAAACAGAGGGCUGACUUGGCCAGAGAGCUGGAGGAGAUCAGCGAGAGGCUGGAGGAGGCUGGUGGAGCCACUGCUGCCCAGAUUGAGAUGAACAAGAAGAGGGAGGCUGAGUUUCAGAAGAUGCGCAGAGACCUGGAAGAGGCCACUCUGCAGCAUGAGGCCACUGCUGCUACCCUGAGAAAGAAGAACGCAGACAGUGUGGCUGACCUGGGAGAGCAGAUUGACAACCUUCAGAGAGUCAAGCAGAAGCUAGAGAAAGAGAAGAGUGAGCUCAAACUGGAGCUUGAUGAUGUGGUCUCCAACAUGGAGCAGAUUGUCAAGGCCAAGAUAAAUCUGGAAAAAAUGUGUCGCACUCUCGAGGACCAGAUGAGUGAAUACAGGACAAAAGCUGAUGAGGGCCAGCGCACCAUCAAUGAUUUCACCAUGCAAAAAGCAAAGCUUCAAACUGAGAAUGGUGAACUUUCCAGACAGCUGGAGGAGAAGGACUCUCUUGUCUCCCAGCUGACCAGAGGAAAACAAUCAUACACUCAGCAGAUUGAGGACCUCAAGAGACAACUGGAAGAGGAAGUCAAGGCAAAGAAUGCUCUUGCUCAUGGAGUGCAGUCUGCCCGCCAUGACUGUGACCUGCUGAGGGAGCAGUUUGAGGAGGAGCAGGAGGCCAAGGCUGAGCUGCAGCGCAGUAUGUCGAAGGCAAACUCUGAGGUGGCUCAGUGGAGAACUAAGUAUGAAACUGAUGCCAUCCAGAGGACUGAGGAAUUGGAGGAGGCAAAGAAGAAGCUGGCUCAACGUCUGCAGGAUGCAGAGGAAGCUGUGGAAGCAGUUAAUGCCAAGUGUUCCUCCCUGGAGAAGACUAAACACAGACUUCAGAGUGAAAUUGAGGAUCUCAUGGUUGACGUGGAGAGGUCUAAUGCUGCUGCAGCUGCUCUGGACAAGAAACAAAGAAACUUUGAUAAGGUCUUGGCUGAGUGGAAGCAAAAGUAUGAGGAAUCCCAGACUGAGCUAGAAAGCUCCCAGAAAGAGGCCAGGUCUCUCAGCACUGAGCUUUUCAAAUUGAAGAACUCUUAUGAAGAGUCAUUGGAUAAUCUAGAGACCAUGAAGAGAGAAAAUAAGAAUCUUCAAGAGGAAAUUUCUGACCUGACUGAGCAACUUGGUGAGGGAGGAAAGAGCAUUCAUGAGCUGGAAAAGGUCCGCAAACAACUGGAACAGGAGAAAGCUGAAAUACAGUCUGCUCUUGAGGAAGCUGAGGCCUCCCUGGAGCAUGAGGAGGGUAAGAUCCUCAGAGCUCAGCUGGAGUUCAACCAGGUAAAGGCUGACAUUGAGCGUAAACUGGCAGAAAAGGAUGAGGAGAUGGAGAUGGCUAAGAGGAAUCAGCAGAGAGUGGUGGAUACUCUGCAAAGCUCCCUGGAGGCUGAAACUCGCAGCAGGAAUGAGGCUCUCAGGCUGAAGAAGAAGAUGGAGGGGGACCUCAAUGAGAUGGAGAUCCAGCUUAGCCAGGCCAACAGGCAGGCAGCAGAGGCUCAGAAGCAACUCAAGGGUCUCCAUUCUCAUCUAAAGGAUUCCCAGCUGCAGCUUGAUGAUGCUCUCCGUGCCAAUGAUGAUCUGAAGGAGAACAAUGCCAUUGUAGAUAGACGCAACAAUCUGCUGCAGGCUGAACUUGAUGAGCUCAGGUCUCUGGUGGAGCAGACUGAGAGAGGUCGUAAACUGGCUGAGCAGGAACUGUUGGAUGUCAGUGAGAGAGUUCAGCUGCUCCAUUCUCAGAACACCAGUCUGCUGAACCAGAAGAAAAAGCUUGAGAGUGACACAGCCCAGCUUCAGAAUGAAGUGGAAGAGGCUGUGCAGGAAUGUAGAAAUGCUGAGGAGAAGGCCAAGAAGGCCAUUACUGAUGCUGCCAUGAUGGCAGAGGAGCUGAAGAAGGAGCAGGACACCAGCGCUCACUUGGAGCGCAUGAAAAAGAACAUGGAGCAGACCAUCAAGGACUUGCAGCACCGUCUGGAUGAAGCUGAGCAAAUUGCCAUGAAAGGUGGCAAGAAGCAGGUCCAGAAGCUGGAAGCCAGGGUGAGGGAGCUGGAGACGGAAGUGGAAGCUGAGCAAAAGAAGAGCAGUGACUCAGUGAAAGGAGUUCGUAAAUAUGAGAGGCGCAUUAAGGAGCUCACCUAUCAGACUGAGGAGGACCGAAAGAAUUUAGCCCGUCUCCAGGACCUGGUAGACAAGUUGCAGCUGAAGGUCAAAUCCUACAAGAGAACUUCAGAGGAGGCUGAGGAACAAGCGAACAGCAAUCUGACCAAGUUCCGAAAGCUGCAGCACGAGCUGGAUGAGGCCGAGGAGAGAGCUGACAUUGCAGAAUCUCAGGUCAACAAGAUGAGAGCCAAGAGCCGUGAUGUUAGCUCCAGGAAAGGACAAGAUGAAGAGUGA